AUGUGUUUACCUUUUAAUAUUACAUCCUUGCAGGAGGAGGCUGCUGGAAAACGCAAGAAACUUCGAAAACUUGGCCAAAUGUAUUUGCAGGCCAAGGCAGAAUUGGAGGAUCUAAGAGGAGAACAUGUUCGCGAAAUGGAAGGGCUUCUUGAAAAUAUACGUCAACUUAGCAGAGAGUUGGCGCUCUAUAUGUUGAUAAUAGACCGAUACAUACCAAAAGUUUACCAGGACAUGAUCGAGGGACAUGUUCAAUGGAAUGACGAUAUCGGCGAAUGGCAACUGCGCUGUGUUGCAUACACGGGAAACAACAUGAGAAAGCCUGAACGCGAUCGAACUGAGCCUGUAACUUUGAAAAUUUGCAUAAACUGUUUUAUAUCAAUAGAUGACUGUGAUCGUCGUUAA